AUGCCAAAGCCGAUUCAAAGCCAGCACAACAUUAAACCUUUGAUCCAAACAUUAUACGCAUGGAAAAGACCAAGGUCGGAUGAGCGUCUAUCAGCGAGCUCAGUCGCGGGCUAUUGUACAUACAUCAGGCAUAGACAUGUUUUGAGAAAAUGGAAAAACCGCAAAGAACAAGUGUCUUUGGUCAAAUUGGCCGUGAUUCACUCUGAAAGCCCUGUCUUUCGCGACUUUUUUUCUUACGUGAGGGAUGAAUCGUGGAGAUAUACGCACUUUGUGAAUCAAUCGAUCUCUGGACCAUCGUUUCAAGCAGGUGGACAAGGUCACUGUUCGAUCAAACUACCAUUCUGA